UGCUGAACUACCUCCUCCUCCUACUGGCGGGAGCGAAGCAGAGCCGAGAUCCUGCUGCAACCAGCUGCCAGCUCCACAGGAAAUAGGCCUUGCUCUUGAAAUCCCAAUGAAUUGUGUCCAGAUUCAUCCUCCAGGCAGAGUUCCUGAGCAAAGUGAGCUGAACUCCUUCCUGUGGACUAUAAAGAGAGAUCCGCCAUCUUACUUUUUUGGUACCAUUCAUGUCCCGUAUACUCGGGUCUGGGAUUUUAUCCCUGAGAAUUCCAAGAAAGCCUUCCAGAAGAGCCAUAUUGUCUACUUUGAGCUGGACCUCACUGAUCCCUACACGAUAUCUGCUCUAACCAGCUGCCAGCUUCUGCCACAGGGUGAGAACCUACAGAAUGUGCUCCCCAGGGACAUCUACCGCCGGCUUAAGCGCCACUUGGAAUAUGUCAAGCUCAUGAUGCCUUCCUGGAUGACUCCAGAUCAACGGGGCAAAGGGCUGUAUGCUGACUAUCUCUUCAAUGCUAUCGCAGGCAACUGGGAGAGGAAAAGACCAGUGUGGGUGAUGCUUAUGGUGAAUUCCCUGACGGAGGUGGACAUCAAGUCACGUGGUGUGCCUGUCUUGGAUCUUUACCUCGCCCAGGAAGCUGAACGCCUCCGAAAGCAGACUGGGGCAGUGGAAAAAGUAGAGGAACAGUGCCAUCCAUUGAAUGGUCUGAAUUUCUCCCAGGUGAUCUUUGCUUUGAAUCAGACCCUUUUGCAGCAAGAGAAUCUCCGAGCAGGCAGCCUGCAGAUCCCUUAUACAACAGACGACCUUAUCAAGCAUUACAACUGUGGAGACCUCAACUCCAUCAUCUUCAAUCAUGACACUUCUCAAGUUCCAAAUUUCAUCAAUGCCACUCUGCCACCUCACGAGCGCACCACCGCUCAGGAGAUUGACCACUACUUCCGCCAGGAGCUUAUCUACAAGAGGAAUGAGCGAAUGGGCAAGCGAGUGAAAGAUCUAUUGGAAGAGUAUCCGGACAAAAGUUUCUUCUUUGCGUUUGGAGCUGGUCAUUUCAUGGGCAACAAUACAGUGAUAGAGGUUUUGAGGAGAGAAGGCUAUGAAGUAGACCAUACUUCCGCUGGACAAGCCAUCAACAGUGGGAAGAAUCAGAAGGCGCUGUCUGCUCUCUCGUCAUCUUCCCCAGAGUACGCCUCUUACAUCAUCUCCCAGGAGCUCCCCUCUCCCCAGCAACAUCCACAGAAAGAGGAAGAGGAGGAGGAGCUGCUGCCCCACUUGCUGCUGCCAGAGAGCAUUGACCUGCUGGAGAAAGUGGACAGGAAAUACAAAAAGAAGAAGAAGAAGCAACAGAAGAAACAGCGCUUGCGCCAGUUCAAUGACCUCUGGGUACGCAUCGAGGAAAGUACCACUGAUCCACCUCCUCGGAUUCGCAUCAUCAAUGGAUACAUUACUGUAGAGCCCCAGCCACGGGGACAUGAGCGAUCCAAUCACAUCCAGACAGACACGAGCUGCUCCAGUGGGCUAUUUCUGUUCCUCUAUACCUCAAUAUUGACUUUGGUGUUGCCUACAAUGAUGCUGCUCGUGUGAACCUCCCACGUGGAACUGCAUACUUCUUUUAAAAUAAAGGAUCUGGGGCGGGGGGGAAUGAGAACAGAACAACUCUUCUGAAUGGAAGAUCGUCUAUAUGAUUUUUAUUUUUAUUUUGGCCUCAUCCUUUUCCUGAAUCUGGACCAUUAACAUGAUUAACUGGUUUGACUAUGCCCAAUACAGGAGAAGAUAUUUUUAAUGAAAGCCAUUAUUUAUCCUUCUCUUGCAGAAGAAUUAUUUCAUGUUAUCCCAUAAUGAUUUGGGGAGAUGUAUAUGUAACAUAGCUGUUAUUUAGCUGUAUGAAACUGACUUGAAUACAAUUUGUUUUGAGGUUU